CGGAUAUUUUGAUAUGAUGUUUUUGAGAGGUGCAAUUACAUUAUUAUUCAUUAAUGUAAAUUCGUAGAACGUGCCAAUACUUGUAAACACUUUGAUUCAGUUGGUUUUGAUAUGAAGUUUGGACACAUUAUUGAUAUUUCCUAUACCAGACUUUUGUAAGUGCAUCGUACAAUGGGUCAUAUUGUAUAUGGGUGUGAAGGAAAGGGGGCGCGCAACCCACACCCUUUCAAGCCUGAGAGACGGAUUCGGAUGAUUCUUGGAGCCCGAAAGUAUACCACCGUCCGCAAUCAUAACAUGCUACUGUUUUUCUGGUCUACUGGUUUUGUUUGAAUGAGUUCAGUAUGGUCUGAAACAAGGUUUUUGUAGCGCAGAUUGUAGCUGGUGCUGGACCAGAUGUCAGCCUCUUCCACAUCUCUUAACACAAGGUUCAGUCUUCCAAAAGACACAAGAUCUUUCUGAGAGGGAAUUGAGGAAAUAAUGAACAGAGAGGGUUUGUUAGGAUUAUAUACAGUACAUUGAAUCAUCAAUGUAUUAUUGGGACGGAUUUUAACCGAGGAUUGCCAUCUGGUGGCCAGUCUUUUAACAUUCAGCGGGCCUUUCUAAAACACCAUGAUGUAGGAUUAUACUACUGUAGUAUGAAUCAUUUGGAAAAAUGUGUUUCUUAUUUCGCAAUGUUCGUCAUAUUGUGCCAGUUUGUUGGCAGAGAUGAUGCGGCAGAUGCAUGGAUGGGGAAUGCAUAGGCUAUGCGUUUCUUCCUUUGAAAAGCAAUGAUGGGAAAUGCUUACGCAAGCCUUUAAAAUCUUACUUCUUUGAGCUUUAGAAGUUGGCUAGUAGUUUUAACGAGUUUAAAGAAGCGCUGUGAUCAAAGCAAAGCUUCGACGCCCUCAUUUUAUUCACUUCUUAAGAUAAAGGAAAAAGCUCUUGAAGUAAGAGCAAUGCUCCUUUUGAUCCAGGAGAUAACGUGUAUUUUCAAUAAGGGCUUCCUUGGAUUAGGGGUUAGUAGAAAUUGCAUAUUCGUGGGUUUCACGUAAAGAACAGGGCGGGAUCGGUGCAUACAUUACAGCUUUAAACUUUUUGAGUAAAAAUGUGCAAGAAAAUUAAAAAUCACAGUUCAAAACCGUCCACUUAACCUACCUUCGGUUAGUAAAUAUUAAUGAUUCAUAGCUUUAGCCGUCAUUUCCGAUUUCGCGCCAAAAGUCAGUUCGUCCUCAUUCUUUGCGUCAGUCAGAUUCAUCCGCGCGACGGAGCCACGGAGAAUCACAAACCACGUUAAGAAACUAACUGCGCAGGUGGAUUUACUAACCGUGGAUAGCUUCUCAAUAUCCUCAUCAGAAGCUCCAAGUGAGGCAAGUCCAAUCUCCUGCAGGAUGAAAUAAAAGUCAUACCAGCACCCAGAUAUGGAACGACUUGAGGCAGCGGCAGCGGGGCACGCGUCUGGCGUACGCAACGCAACCGCAUCUCAGCGCAAGGUGAAUACAAGAGGCGAGAGGGGGCGUGGCCAGGGGGAGCGCACGGCGGGCCGCCGGCGUAUUGAAAAGGCCGGGCUGUUUCCAUCUCACAAAUCAGAACAGGUCGAGAGUCCAGAGCACCGAGUGUCCAUUCAAAACGGCAAGAGCGACCGCAUAAAGCCACACGUGAACGCCACGAGCAAGACGCGCGGCCACUGGGCACUCCAAAGAAAACUUUUGUGGCGCAUAGCACUUUUCCUCGGGAACUGGACAUCACUGCCAAGAUGGAAAUAAGCGUAAACCACCAACAGUUCAUGCCACCUGCCUGCUUUUUCGCCGCAGCCUCGCAGAGCAUCCAACUCAGUCCGACCGACAGCCAGUGCAGCAAUAAAUCUGCGUCAAAACAGGCGAAGAGGCAGCGCUCGUCUUCUCCGGAGCUGCUUCGAUGCAAGAGGAGGCUUAACUUCGCGGGCUUUGGCUACAGCUUGCCCCAGCAGCAGCCACACGCUGUGGCAAGAAGGAACGAGAGAGAACGCAACCGAGUAAAACUGGUGAACAACGGCUUCGCCACGCUCCGCGAGCACGUUCCCAACGGCGCGGCGAACAAGAAGAUGAGCAAAGUGGAAACCCUGCGCUCGGCCGUGGAGUACAUCCGUGCGCUCCAGCAGCUCUUGGACGAGCAUGACGCGGUGAGCGCAGCCUUCCAGUCGGGCGUCCUGUCACCCAACAUCCCCCAGAACUACUCUAAUGACAUGAACUCUAUGGCCGGUUCGCCGGUGUCAUCGUAUUCCUCAGAUGAGGGUUCCUACGACCCCCUGAGUCCGGAGGAACAAGAGCUCCUGGACUUCACCAACUGGUUCUGAACAUUUUGUGAAAGGAAAAGCCUAAAAUCGCAGCACUCGCUUUGGAAGCACUCGGAUGACCCCGUCCUCCAAGAACACAAAGCACUGCGUUUGCGCUGCAGUCCGGUUCGGCAGACUCGAAUCCACAUCCAGAGAUUGCCCAUAUAAACCGGCAGACUGACAGCCACCGGCCCCGAGUGUCAAAGAGCCAAAGGACUUGAAAGGGAAGACAGACCCCUAUAGAAGCCAGGGAGUCCGGCCCUUCCAGCGCAUUCGCCCAAGAAAUCCAUUUUGAAAAAGACUUUCCACAAAUCUGUGGCGUAUAUACAACGGCAAUAUAUAAAUGUUGUUAUUUACCUAUGCUAAAGCUUAUCAGAGAUGGUUUGCCCUGUUCGUAUCGACCCCUCUUUCAUGUAAAACUCUAAUAAGAUGCUUCCAACGUGGCGAAUUUUAUUAUAUGAAGUUCUAUUUGUAUAAAACAUGUUGUUUUUUAAAUAUAUUAAGCUAUUUUUGUAUGUAAGAGAUUUAUAGAUGUUUUGUACACAUUCAUUGUAAUAUGUAUAUAUUUUUGACCUAUAGCCUGCAGUAAAAAGCUCAUUACCUCUCGCUUAUUCAGACUUAUAGUCUCAGAUGCAUCGCAGCUGGCAGUUUCGGAGGUUUUAGAUGAGUUUAAUACUCAAGAGUUUAAAUUUCAGCACCGACGUGUCUUAUUUAUAUGAGCUAAUAAUUGCAAGUGUAAUACGACUCGGAGUAGUGAUCAAAGGUUAUGCAGCUAUUGUCCAAACGGAACACAACGACGGUGUUUUGUGUCUCCAUACUGCCUGUUCAACUUUGCCUUUACAAUGCUGGGGUUUGCUUCUCUCA